CGGACCACAGCAAGCAGAGGCUGGGGGGAAAAACCCAAAAAAUCAAAACAAACAAACAAACAAAAAAAAACAAGGAAAGAGGAAAACAAAGGCUGCUACUUAUGGAAGAUAUAAAGGGUUCUGAGGGGAAGAGAUUUUGUUCCCGAAAUAUCUUGGCCAUCCUUGGCUUCUUCUUUAUCAUGUCUGUGAUAUCUUUGCUUGCUGUGGGGCUGACCCAGAAUAAACCAUUGCCAGAAAAUGUUAAGUAUGGGAUUGUGCUGGAUGCAGGCUCUUCUCACACAAGCUUAUAUAUCUAUAAGUGGCCAGCAGAAAAGGAGAAUGACACAGGGGUGGUGCAUCAGAUAGAAGAAUGCAAAGUAAAAGGUCCUGGAAUCUCAAAAUAUGUUCAGAAAAUAACUGACGUAGGCAUUCACCUGUCUGAAUGCAUGGAAAGAGCCAAGGAAGUGAUUCCACAGUCCCAGCACCGAGAAACACCUGUUUACCUGGGAGCCACAGCAGGCAUGCGUUUGCUCAGGAUGCAAAGUGAGCAGUUGGCGGACAGGGUCCUGGGUGUGGUGACAAAGAGCCUCAGCAGCUACUCCUUUGACUUCCAGGGUGCCAGGAUCAUCACUGGCCAAGAGGAAGGUGCCUACGGCUGGAUUACUGUCAACUAUCUGCUGGGCAAAUUUGCUCAGAAAUCGAGUUGGUUAGACCUAAUUUCUUAUGAAAGCAAAGAUGAGGGAACCUUUGGAGCUUUGGACCUUGGGGGAGCCUCUACACAAAUCACUUUUGUGCCCCAAAACAAUACUCCUGGGACCGCAGACAGCUAUCUGCAAUUUCGCCUCUAUGGCAAGGACUACAGCAUAUACACACAUAGCUUCUUGUGCUAUGGGAAGGAUCAAGCGCUCUGGCAGAAACUGGCCAAGGACAUUCAGGUUGCAAAUAAUGGAAUUCUCAAGGACCCAUGCUUUCACUCUGGAUAUGAGAAGACAGUGAAUGUAAGUGACCUUUACAAGACCCCCUGCACCAAGAAAUUUGAGAUGACCCUUCCGUUCGAGCAGUUUGAAAUCCAGGGUACUGGAGACUAUCAACAAUGUCAGCAAAGCAUCCUAGGGCUCUUCAACACCAGUUACUGCCCUUAUUCCCAGUGUGCUUUCAAUGGGAUUUUCUUGCCACCACUCCAAGGGAAUUUUGGGGCAUUUUCAGCUUUUUACUUUGUGAUGAAUUUUUUAAACUUGACAUCAGAGGAACUCUCUCAGGAAAAUGUGAUUGAGAUGAUGAGAAAUUUCUGCUCUAGGCCUUGGGAGGAGGUAAAGGCAUCUUUUGUCGGCGUAAAGGAGAAAUACCUGAGUGAAUACUGCUUUUCUGGGACUUACAUCCUCUCCCUCCUCCUGCAAGGCUAUCAUUUCACAGCCGAUUCUUGGAAGCAUAUUCAUUUCAUUGGCAAGAUCCACGGCAGCGACGCCGGCUGGACUUUGGGCUACAUGCUGAACCUGACCAACAUGAUCCCAGCUGAGAAGCCUAUAUCCUUACCUCUCCCCCACUCCACAUAUGUCUUCCUCAUGAUUCUCUUCUCCCUGAUCCUUGUUGCAGUGGUCAUCACAGGCUUGUUUAUCUUUCAUAAGCCUUCAUUUUUCCGGAAAGAAGUGGUAUAGCAAGAACAGCUGGAAUCUGCUGGCUGGAGUGAGGAAAAAAAAAACUUGCCCAGGGAGCAAUUUCCUAUAUGGUGGUGUACAAGGUCAUUCUUCCCUGGUUGCCAGGGUCAGUCGUGACCAGCAUGAAGCUUCCUUGGCUUUUGCUGAAGUCUUUCUUUGGGAGGUAUUCACCACCCUCUGCCACAAGGACUUCCGGUAGACACUCUCUUUUGUGAGUCUUUCUUAGCUACCCCUUUCUCCUUUGUACUCUGUGCUUGAUGUUGGUUGUGAAGACCUGCCACUUUUCAUGAUCUUUGCUUUAUAAAAGAACAAUACUGACUUUGCCUAGAAAAACUGAGAGUCCUGAGUCCUGUGCCUGGAAGUUGAGCUGGUUAAAAGAAGAAUCUCAGGAACUGGUUCAAUUGUACUCUUUAAGAAUUUCUCUCUCCUGCUUUCCAUUCAUUAAUAAAGCCAUAUAAUGCCUUUGGAGAGGGAAGACACACAUCCCAUUCCCAGGCUGCCUUUUGGUUAAGAAAAUUUUCUAGAGUAGGCAAAUAUGUGCUAAAGCCAAAGAGUUUUACAAGGGAAUCUAUGUACUCAUGCAGUUAAUAUAAUUAUUACUAUUAAUCUCAUCCAAAACAGGGAUGUGAAUGAGUCACAUAUUCUUGGGUGAUGCCAAAAUGCUACAGAGAGGAACACUCAGAGCAGAGAUUUUUAAAAAGCAGAUGUACAUACAGGCAUUGAAAUAUCAGGGCUUACUAUAUAGUAAACGUAUACAUGUCAGGAAGAAAAUAUAGUUACAACUCAGGGUCAGGAAAAUACAUCCUCCAACGCAUCUUAUGAGGUUUUGUUUUUAUUAUGGUAAAAUAUACAUUAAUAAAACUCACCAUUUUAGCAUUCAAUUCAGUACUAAUCAGUGGCAUUUAGUACAUUUACAAUGUUUUGCAACCAUCCCCACUAUUUAGUUCCAGAACAUUUUCAUCAAGAAAUUGUCUGGAGAUAAGACCAUCCUGGGUAGGCACAAACCACAAACCUUUCAGUUAACAACUGCACCUGCAAAGAUGGCUGAGUUUUAAAGCUGUGCCACAUCUCAUUGUCACAGGGUUUAAUUUAGUGAGAGGGUGGCAUUAGUCUGGAGUGACAUGCUUUUGCCCUUCAUGGUGUUUACACAUCAAAAUGUGCCAGGAACCAAGUCUGCACCACCCUUGUCACUCAGUAUGGGCUUUAUUUACUUAUUCCAUGGAAUAUUUUGUGGGAGAAGCAGAAUGCAAAGAUGGAAAAGAUGAAGAGACCCUAUAUCCCUUUCCCUUAAGGAUUGCUGCAAGAGUUACCUGUUGAGCAGGACUGAGUGGUGAUGCAUUAUUCUGACCUUGUCCCAAGCUCUCCAUCUCUGGAUCUGGGGACUGACUGUUGAACUUAUGGGGAAAGAAAAUCUCUCCCACAAACUAGAAGCCAAAUGUCUCUGUAUCUCUUGAACAACCAAGCCAUUUUUUACAACAGCCAGGUGAAUAUAAACUUUAAAAAGCUGUGCACAGGACCUUUUUGUUUUCUUCUCUGCUACUCACAUUGGAAUUCUCUGGACAUUGAUAAGGAACCAGAAGCCAAAUUGGGACAUGUUCAAAGUCUCUUUCUAGUGGUAGUUGCCUAUGUUGUUAUAGCUGCUAUUGACUGAGCAUUUGUGGUUGUACCAGGCUCUAUGCUCAAGUGCAUUGCAUUCAUUUUCUCAUUUAAGCCUCACAACAAUCUGAAGAAGGUAGCUAUUACCACCUCUACUUCAUAGAAACAGAAACUGAAUCUCAGAGAAGUCACUUGCCUACAUGGCUGAGCAAAAGCAUGGCAUGCACUUAACCAUUAUUUUCUUUCCUGAAUAUACUAGGCUGUCUCUUCAUAACUUCCAAGCAUGCACCUUAAACUCCACAUGAUCCACAUGAAUACAGGGUUCGUGGGACAUGGUAGAAAGGGAAGCAGACAGAUGGUCUAGAUGUUCCUGAUGGGCUUGUAAUUUAAUAUUAAGUCCACAAAGGAUGUCAUGGCAACACAGAUACUCUGUUCGUGUGGUCUCAAUGGUAAUGUGUGGCAUACGAUGCUAAUCAAUGGUUCCUGUACUCCUGGCUUCUUAAUUAUACUGCUCAUUUGCUGCCACAGUAGAUCAGCAUCAAAUAAAUAGUGUUGAUGAGAUGAUGAAAAUAAAGAUUAAAUAAGUUGAGCCAGUAACAGCCCCCUUCUUCCUUCUGUCUGCAUAUACAAAGCACUGUCAUGCACAUUAUCUAUUUGUUCUGAGCUUGACAACAAACCAUGAGGGUGUAAAUAUUACUUCCAUUUUAGAAACGAGGGUCAUACAAACUACUACAUGGCAGAGAUGAUACUCAAACUCAUGUCUGCUGCCUCCAGUAUACUGCUUUUUCUUUUCUAAACACUGCCCCUCAGCAAGUUGGAAUUAUGUAAUAAUUCACAAGUUUCCUUCAGAGAACACAAAUAUUUUCUUACUCCAUUUCUGUUUUGUUGCCUAGUUCUAAAAUAAAAAUCCUUUGGAUAUCUGGAAGCCAAAAUCCACUUGUCAAAAUCUCCAAUUAUGGAGACAGUUAGCAGGUACAACCUAAUCUCAAUUCUGCUGGAGAGAGGGUUGGUUUUGAGGCAGAUCCAGGAAUCUGCGUUGGGCCAUUCUGGGUGGGGUAGGUGAAAUAAGAUGGGUCACUAUUGAAUUGGCCACUGGUUAUAAUUGAUUACCAUUCUUCCCUGGACUUUCACUUAAUAUUCAAAACUUGGUUCUGGUAACUCUGUUCAAAGGAUAAAGAUAAGGUAGGAAUUUUUUUUUCUAUGAACCCACAAGGGAGAAAAUCAGCAGAUGUGGUUACUUCUGUAGACAAAAGAAUGAAGCUACUUAAUCAGGCUUUCUGUGUGUGUGUGUGUGUGUGUGUGUGUGUAUGUGUUUGUGUGACAGAGGGAAAGAGAGAGAAAUAUAAAAUUUUCAACUUACCCAGUUCUUCAUAAGAAAUAUGUAAUGUGAUAUAUUAAUAAAUAAAAGUUUUUAAAAGUACA